AUGAGCGGAGGGGGCCUGGGAGGCAUGUCGGCGGAGCAGCAACUGCAGCAGCGGCUCCUCCGCAGCCGCCUCAGGGCCUCGCAGCCUCACGCGGGCCUGGGCGGCGGGGCUACUACAGAGCAAAUCUUUGUGAUCUCUUCAGCAGCAGCAGCCGCAGGAGCCUCGCCCGUGGCCGCCCCCGUCGCCACCGGCAGCCCAACAGCCACCGCCGUGUCCCCGAGAGGGGCGCCGCCGCCACCACCGUCGCCCUCGGCCUUGGGAGGAGCGGGCGAUGGGAACGGAGGGAGGCUGUGCGAGAAACACCGGCAGGUGCUCCAGUUCUUCUGCGAGGAGGACCAGGCGCCGAUCUGCGCGCAGUGUGACCGGUCCCAGGAGCACCGCGCUCACAGCAUCUUCCACGUGGAGAGGGCAGCCCGAGACUACCGGGAGCGGGUUCUGGCGCAACUAGAGAUCUUGAAGCAAGAGAAGAACUUGCUGUGGAAUCAGAAACUGACUGGAGAAAAGAAACUACAGGGAUAUAUGGAAAAGAUUGAAGCAGAGAGACAGGAGAUUGUCUCUGAAUUUGAGCGCCUGCACCAAUUUCUGAAAGAUCAGGAGCAGUGCCUGCUAACCAAGCUGGAAGAACUAGACAAAGAAAUAGAGAAGCAGAAAGAUGAAAUGGUCACCAGGCUCUCAGAAGAGCUAUCCCGUCUUGGUGACGUGAUCACUGAGAUGGAGGUGAAAUGUAAGCAGCCAGCAAGUGAAUUUUUACAGGACAUUAAAAAAAACAUGAGCAGAUGUGCAGUAGGGGAUUGUGAUGUAUCUGAAGAAACUCCUAAGCUAGAAGCGAGACUGGAUGAUUUCUCUCGGAAAACGGUGGCUCUGAAAGAAACAUUACAAAUAUUCCAAGAUAAUUUAGUGACUGCUGUUGAGAAAGGAGAGGUUAUGAGAACACGGAAUGAUAAAGAUGUGGCUUUCAGUCCGGACCUGUCAGGUGCUGUUACGACAUUGGACCAAAGAAGCACAGGAUGUGAAGAGUCCCAGCAGAGGCUGCCUGCCUUGCAAUAUGUCCCUGACACACCCAAACGAUUGGAUUCCAAGGCUUUAGUUCUGGGCUGUGAUGGCUUUACUUCUGGGAGAUACUUUUGGGAGCUGGAAGUGGGUGAUGGAGAAUUCUGGGCCGUGGGGGUCACCCGGGAUCCUUCAAAGAAGAAGGGAGUGAUGGACUUCAGCCCAGAGGAAGGGAUCUGGGCUGUGGGUCUGUGGAAGGGGCAACACUGGGCUCUCACCUCCCCAGUGACUGCCUUGUCCCUGAGCAAAAGCCCAAAGCACAUCCGAGUGUCUCUGGACUACGUGGGGGAGCGGGUGACAUUUAGUGACGCAGACACAGAUGACCUCAUCUUUACUUUCCCACCGGCUUCUUUCAAUGGGCCUCGUACCCAUCCCUUGCUAUGGGUAGUAGGGUUCCCAGCUCAGACAGUGUUUCUCAGGCGCAUGGGGGUGAAAUAUCCCACAGCGGUCCAUGAAAUGGAUGUUUUGAGUCCGUGAUUAUAAGAUCUUUCCAGAGGCUCAGGGCCAAAAUUUUAGUCCACUCCUUCACCGGAGCAGAGAAAUCUGCUAAUUGUAAGAAAGCAGAACCUUGGAGAUUGCCUUAUUUGCUGGAGAAUCUGAGCAAAAGGCAGAUGUUUUCUUUUUGCACCAAGGUUUUAUGAUAUUCCCCUCAGAAAAUGCAGGAAUUGGAAAGAAUAGAUUGUAUAGGCCUUGAAAAAUAGCAUCACUGUUAGGACAUCCUUGUUUAUAUGACAGAUCAACUUCUGAUAAGUUUGAACAUGUUGAGCUGAGGAAAUGUUAAACUUUUAGCUAUUAAAUUUUGGACUUUUCUCUAUUUUGUAUUAGUUCACAUUUAAUGUUUUAUGAUUUCCUUUUUUUUUAAGAGAAUGCAUGCCUUUUAGCUUUCAUACCUACCAGCAAAUGUUCCAGUCGAUGGAAUGGCUUCAAUUAACACCUGAUGGCGAAAGAAGUUUAUUGUAACAUAGCUUCGUCUGUGGGCGUUCUUAACACUCAUGUGAUUAUCCUUGAUCAUAUUUGUGUCUAAAUCUUACGAAUGUGGUAGUUUUGAUAGAGGAUAAUUUUUUUGCCCACUUGAUCUCUUCUAGUCUAGCUCGUGCUGAGCUUGGUCUGGAGGUGAACUGGACAGAUAUAAUACCAGAAUAUUAAACUGGGUGUUCCGAUUUUCUUGAACAUAAAAUAUACAACAUACUACUUGGAUAGCAAUUAAGAUGGCUACGUAAUGUUAAAAGAAAGUGUGUCGUGUUCAAUACAUUUCACUGUCUGCUCUUGGA